AUGUAUAUUGCUCGAGGUCAAGAGGUCACGGUGCAUGCUCGCGGUCAAGAGGUCACGGCGCUUGCUCGAGGUCAAGAGGCCACGGCGCUUGCUCGGGGUCAAGAGGUCACGGUGCUUGCUCGAGGUCAAGAGGUCACGGCGCUUGCUCGAGGUCUAGAGGUCACGGUGCAUGCUCGAGGUCAAGAGGUCACGGUGCAUGCUCGAGGUCAAGAGGUCACGGCGCAUACUCGCGGUCAAGAGGUCACGCCGUUGGACCGUGACGCACCAACGGGCCAGGCGCGCUGGCGUCUGACGGUCACGGCCACGGACGGGCAGUACACGGCCUCCACUAACGUACUCGUCAACCUCAAAGACGUCAACGACAACGCACCCGUCUUCCCGCAUGACGUCAUCGACGCCAACGUCUUGGAAAACUCCAUGCCAGGAACGACCGUGGCGGUAGUGACUGCGCACGACGCAGACGACCCGCAUGAAGGCGACAACGCCCGCCUGUCGUAUUCGCUGCUGAAGAACGUCAUUGAUGAACGCUCCCGCCUGCCUAUGUUCACAGUUGACAGGCAGACGGGGGCUCUGCGUACGGCCGUCUGCUGUCUAGACAGGGAGCACACGUCGUCUUACGGGCUUGUGAUUGCUGCUACUGACGGAGGAGGUCUUCAAGGUACUUGCACCGUUACCGUAAACAUCGACGACGUCAACGACGUUCCUCCUUCCUUCGUGCGAUCGCACGUCGAUGUCUUGGUCCCCGAACAUCGUCAAGCAUCUUUCCAGCGUUCUUCGUCCCAUGGAACAUCGUCAUCCAACGGAGCAUCGUCAUCCAACGGAGCAUCGUCAUCCAACAAAGCAUCGCCAUCCAACGGAGCAUCGUCAUCCAACGAAGCAUCGUCAUCGUCCGGCGUUUCGUCAUCCGACGGAGUUACCUCGUCUAAGGAAGUCACGUUGCCCAAAGAAGCCUUAUCAUCCAUCGCAGUGUUGUCUUCCAACAGAGAAUUUCCCUCCCGCGGCCUUCCAUCGUCCAAAUCUCGCAGCAACGUCUCUGAAAAUUUUAUCUCGACUCUCGUGGUGACGGAUCCUGAUACAAGCAACGUGUUUGCAUACCGGGUGGUGCCAGGGAGCGGUCACGGCUGGCAGCUGGUGGAAGUGGCAGCAAGCACAGCUGGUGCUGACCUGUUCUCUAGAGUGCCGCUGGAUUUUGAGAACCCACAGCACAGAGCGGGACUCAACUUUAGAGUGCAGGUCACCGAUCAGAGCGUGGCGCUGCCUGAGGACCUGCCGUUGCUCUCCUUCGUCGCCUCCUUCAGCGCGUCUGACCUCGACACCGGGGCGAGCGGGCUGGUGACGUACGGCAUAUCCGCGGAGAGCGACCCAGGGGGCGUGUUUAGGGUGAGCGACGGAGGGAGCGUCACCCUGAACAGGGGACUGGACAGGGAGAGCCGCCCCCUACACGACCCAGGGGGCGUGUUUAGGGUGAGCGACGAAGGGAGCGUCACCCUGAACAGGGGACUGGACAGGGAGAGCCGCCCCCUACACCUGCUCAGGGUGCUUGCCUGGGACAGCGGCAGCCCUCCACUCACGGCCACCGCCACCCUCACGGUGAACGUCGACGACGUGAACGACAACCCUCCCUUCCUGCUGGGGGGGUCCAGAGUGCAGCUCCCCCCCAUGGCAGGGAGCAGCGAUGGUGGAGGGCUGGGGUUGCCUGCAGGGACAAGGGUUCCCUUCACCUUAACCCUAGACGACCCUGACGACUGGUCUCAGGGUCAUGGCCCGCCCUUUCAUCUCGACACUCAUCUCACGGCUGAUGCUGGGUACAGGGUUAGCUUCUACCCUGGACGAGCGUCUGCUGGUGGAGGAGUUGUGGUGGCAGCUGAACUGCUGACACUGAGGCCACUCAGUGCAGCUGUGUCAGUGCCACUGACAUUGUCAGACGCUGGUUCACCGCCUAUGCGACGGCAGAUGACGCUGACUCUUGUGCCUCACUCAUCUGAGUCAGCUCAUCGAGACGUCAGCCUCGUUAAGAUUGCCACCGUCGUGUCAGCUGACGCGGCCCCUCCAGCUCCCCUCGGGCGUCUCCCUCGCCUGCCCUUCCCUGGCGACGCAACGCAACGCCACGGAACCGACACUGAAACGGAUAAUGUAUCCUCACUAUUCAGGGAUAAAUUCAGGUUCAACUUCGAUGAACCUGACCCUGUUACUGGGAAAUCCUUGGGUAAUUCUAGCCGUGGAUUAGAUAAAUUCAGCGCUCGAAUUACAUGGCAGGGAGCUAAUUCAGGAAUUCGCCUGGAUAGCGACUCAGGAUUGUUGCUGCUGGAUCCUGCAGCUGAGCUGGGACGACAUGAAGCGAAGCUGCUUCUCUCGUCAGCGUCGGGCGAAGCGCACGAGCUGACUGUUUACGCUGACGUCAGCAGCGUCGGAGUUGCUGACGCGCUGAAAUCUACACCAAUCGAUCUCGCCAUCUUGCCUCACGAGCUCCUGACGAAUGCUGACGCUGAAGAACCAAACUCAGAAUCUCCUCUGGACCGACUCCUGAGGCUGCUGAAUCAGCAUCUUGCAGACUACUCAGAAUUAUCAAGGGCAGACUCCGCAAAGUCGCACGAUAUGUCAGCCCUUCGGCCACACGUCAUGGUUGUGGCUGUAGAAACCAUACGUCGCAACCAUGACAGCCACACCAGAGUGUGGCUCCUUCAACAGCCACCUAAAAGGCACCUCAGAUUUGCCAUGGAGCCUCUAAUAUUCCAGCAUCAACAUGAGAUCGAGGCCGAAGUCGGAGCGGCUGUGUUGGACGCGGGCGUUUCGGCGCUGGGCGACUGCGCGUCUCGACGAGUUGCGUGCCGCUGUUGCUGCCGCGACCGCGCGGCGCUGGACCAGCGCUGGCACCUCGCGGAUGCCGGCGCUCGCAGCCACGCCGGGCCUUCCCUACGUAUAGAAUCUUUGUGCAGGUGUCCAGUGCAGGGCGGCGCCGAAGAGGAGCGCGGGCAGCUGGCUAGCCUAACUUCGGCGCACGCGGUCGCCGCCGGGCGACAGCCGACAUGCAGCCGGGGCGCCUGCCGCAACGGCGGCAAGUGCCUGCCUCACGCCGCGUCUGGGCCCAGAUGCUCGUGUCCGGGCCACACAGUGGGCCCACACUGCAAACUUCUCACCCGACAUUUCAGGCCAUACAGUCCCGCUUCUCGAUACGAAUAUUCUCCUGUACCCUCAUUCGUGGUUUUGCCCUCCCUCCCCACUUGUUCACAACUGCACAUCACCAUCUUCGUGCUGACUCAGCACAAAACUGGCAACAUUCUCGGCUCCCAGUCACGGGUCGAUCAAAAUUCUCGACACUUUCACCUGCUCCUCGAUGAUGGAAGACCCAAGUUCGCCAUCAAAAGUAGCGGACCAAAAGCUUCGAAAAGUUUGACUCUGCAGAAAAUUAUCUCUGACAAUGUUUGGCAUCGACUCGACGUUUUUUGGAUUAAUGAGACGGUGACCGUGAUGCUGGAUCACUGCCUGGACACAGGUUCAGAUCCCUUCGCCUCGACCAGCCAAACAACAUCCAGCCUUCCUCUCGAGUCCACCCAAUGCCGGGGCUCUCUUCCCCUUACCUACAACGAAGGCCCUAUUGGUUGGGGAGCCCCUCUUCAGCUUGGGGGGCGUUAUGAGGACCCCAAAUCUUCACACGAGAGGAAAUCUCUUAACUCUGAGAAUGAUUUUCACGGCUGCUUGUCGCACGUGCGCGUCAACAAAGAAUUCCAAGACCUCGGGUCGCCAGGCGCCAUGACCGCGAGCGUGGCUGGCUGUGGCGCCCUCUCCUGCUUCCGGCCCUCGAACGCGUGUCCUCGGCACGCUCGAUGCCAGGGGUCGCCGGGCGCGGAGCAGUGCGAGUGCGCCCCGGGGCGGGCGGGUGCCGGCUGUCUGGCCGAGUCUCCGGCGCUGUUCUUCCUCAGCAAAAGUCAUGUCAACGUCGCUCUCUCCUUCACCCCGCCCGAGUAUUGGGCUCAAAUUGAGCUUAGGUUCCUGACGCGGACGAGCGAUGGUACACUCGUGCUUCUGCGGUCACGUCACCGCACCGACUGGCUGAGUUUAGAGCUCCAGGCCGGCAGUGUUUGUCUUGUCGUUGGCUUGGACGGUCGCGUGUACACUUCGCUCUGCGUUGUUAAAAAAAUCGACGACGGAGAAUGGCAUCAUGUCAUGGCGCAGAGGCACGCAGAGUUGCUGGAGGUCGCCAUAGAUGAGGCGGAGCAAGACUCGUACGCCAGCGCUCUGCUGCCAGAGCUGCAGAGUUUACCUUUCAGCGUCAGCAGACACGAUGGCGCGUGGCUGGGAGGUCUGACUGAGAGUGUGAGGCCAACAUCUGCGGAUGAAGCCUUCAGAUCUGUGGAUGUGGCCCCGAGAUCUUUGGAUGUGGCCCCGAGAUCUUUGGAUGUGGCCCCGAGAUCUGUGGAUGUGGCCCCGAGAUCUUUGGAUGUGGCCCCGAGAUCCUUGGAUGUGGCCCCGAGAUCUGUGGAUGUGGCCUUCAGAUCUGCGGAGGACGCCUCAAGUUCUAAAGAAACGGUAGAACUUACACAGAAUUCUCCAGAUGCGGCUAGAAAAUUACGCAUAUCUUUACCAAAUUUCGUCGAGGGCAAAACUCAAGCGUCUACUCACAAGCAGCGCGAGUUUCUAUCACUAACCCACCUAUCUCCAACUACUUCUAUCUCCAACUCCCGGUCGCUUGUCUCCGGGAAAUCGGACGAACUUCGGCUCCCUGGCUUCGAAUAUUUCAGAUUUUCCCGCAAGAAAAGAUCUCGGUCUCACCGCAAGAGGAGGAAUAGAGUCGAGCUGGAUGGCGGCAGCUUGUGGAAGGAUUUUAAUAAUGGCUGUUUGUCUGCCGUGCGCGUCUUUGGACAUUUGCUGCCCUUGCCUGAAAUUGUCAAUAAUAACCACAGCAGCAACAGCAGCAACAACAACAUCAAAAACACGAGUAAUUCAGCUGGCUCAGUAACGUCUUUUGCAAACGUCAUCUCGGGAUGCACGUCGCCGUCUGUGUGCACCAACACCAGCUGUCCUCCUCCUCUGACCUGCGGCCACAGCUGGGGCCUCAACACUUGCGGGUGCGCCGCUGGCGAGGAACUCUCGCGUGACGGCACCGCGUGUUUAGACGUCGACGAAUGCCGCUACGACCCUUGCCUCAAUCUGGGCGUGUGUGUAAACACUCAUCCUGGGUACCGCUGCGUCUGCGGACCGGCGCACCGCGGAGAGCACUGCGAGUGGGGCGCCGCCGGGGCGCUGGAGGCUCCGUACUCGCUUAGCUUUCUUGUGGCUUCAGCUGCCGCCUCAGCAGCUGCACUGUUGCUCAUUAUCGUAAGCUGUUUUAUAUGCCUCGUUCUGAAGAAGAAACGUCGACGGAAAUCUGCGCGUUGUUGCAGUGAGAGCGACGCGCGGGACCGCCGAGCGAACGCCAACAAAAGACGCGCGUCGCCAGCUUCGACCAAAGACGGUCUCGCGUCUCUGUCCGAACUCGCGGAAUUAUCGCCAAGGCCUUGCUCUUUGAUUCCUUCUUCCUACUGCCAUAUGCGAACCAACGGGGAAUCGUGUUUUGAAGAGCAAACUGCGCAAAAAGAGACCUCGGUAUCAGUCAUUGGGAACUGCCCACCUCGCAUAUCCGUCGUUGGUAUGGACCUAGUUAAUCUAUCUCUCCCAACUGGCGGAUACACCGACAUGGAAGACCCAGACAUACUUCUCCGUUCACCGCCCCUGCACUUCAACCCCAGCAGCACAACCUUCGGGUUUGAUGGUGGAGGUCCGAACACAUAGCAGGUUCCAUUCGUUGAACUGAGUGAAGAAGAAUACUGAAAAUGUUCACUUAACA